GAGGGAGGAAGGUCAUUUUCUUUCCAAAACGUCGAUUGGCAUUUUCAUAAGAGUAUGAUUAGGGUUUUCUUUUCUAAUAGGUUUCGAGUUAGGAGACUGCAUCUGGGUAUGAAAAUUUGUCAUGAGCAUCUUCCGCGAUUCUUGAGUCCUUGAAGCGAUGCAAAUAGCAUUGAUGGAAAUGCCAAUGUGAAAUGUUAGGGUUAGUCUAAGAUCUUAACCCUUUAUGCUGUGCAUCCCAUUGUGGUGUCUUAACAGCGUGGACGGCUAAGGUCAUAUGACUGCCCUGACAAUGAUGCUAUUUUUCUUGUGGCAGCAUCGGCAUGUAUAUCUUCUUUCUUGCUCUUCCUGCUUGUACGUGCAAGUGCAGCAGGUACGGGGCAUGGGUCAGGGUUUAUGCCAGUUUCUGGCGGCAUAAAAAUGUCUUGUUUGUAGCUUUUCCCACUUGGUGCAACUGGUUUCUGCGCAUGGCUUGUGGGUUUCAUCAUGAGUGGUUGUAAAAUUCUUUAACUAUAGUUUGGGACUGCGAGCAGGGGUUUGCAACAUCUAUACCAACUACCAUUGCUCACAAUUCAGAGAAGGAAAUAAGGCUGCAGACUUCUUGACACGUCAGGGAGAGAGGAAGGCACCACUAUGAGGCUUCUGCAAAAAUGGGUUUGGCCAUGAGUUUCAUGGGAACAGGGUUUUCACCAGUGCAGAUGUUAAAUUUGCUCAUGGAGACGCUCUACAAGCAAUUUGCAAGGGCAAAUACCAAGGAUUUCCAUGACUUCCAGAUUGCCAUUCUCGACAUCUUUAAUACUCUAAACUCCGCAUUGCCCGGUAAACAUUAUGAUGCACCAGCAAGGACAGAAAUUGAGGAGUUUUUUGAAGAAUGGAAAAGAACGCGCGAAUCGGAUAAAAGGACAAAGUUUGUGAAUUUUAUGACGGAAAAAAUAAGUUUGGGGAGGCCAGAUAACUCCAUCGUGAUCACGGGACUGGUGAUACCUCCUGCAGCCAUGGCAACAAAGCGAACAGCAGAGAAUGCAGCCAAGCUGAGAAUAGUAAAGGCCAUCCCGGAUGUUAUUUUUGUUCCCUCAAUCACAAUGUUAGCUCUCAUCUCUGUUAAGUUCACCAAGAAAAUUUUCCUGGGAACUUAAAACACACUGGCUAGAUACUCCAUCUUACAUGAAUUUGUACACAAACAAGAUGCAAAAUUUAAUUUCCACUCAAAAUGUAAACGAGGGUGUAGAGAUAUUUGAUGCUAUAAAACGUGCUAUAUAAAAAGAAAAA